CACCUGACCGGCCUCGGGCGCUGACGUCAUCGCGAUGCGCCACUGAGCCGAGGGCAGGGGGGCGGUGGCGAGCCCGCCCGCGCCAUGUCCGCGGAGAAUCGGCCGGGCCCCGGUGGAGGCGGCGAGGGCAUCAAGUUGUCAGCAGAGGUCAAACCAUUUGUUCCAAAACAUGCGGCGGUAACUGUGGCAUGGUCAGAACCCUCAGAAGCAUAUGUCUUUCCUAGGUACUUAACUACAUGCUACCCAUUUGUUCAGGAACCAUCUUUGGAUAAUGUUCUGGGAGAUCCUGCCUUCCAUGAAUACCCCAGCUGCCCUUACUCACCUGAUGUUGUUUCAAAUGUAUAUCCAGUAGCUGGCUCACAAUAUCAUUCUAACAACGCAACACACUAUAAUGGUUCAGGAAUAGUCAGUGAAUCUGCUGAGCAAACAUAUCCAAUCAGACAAGAAAGUAAGAAUCUUUCAAAGCAGAGGAGAUCAAAAGAGGGUGAGAAAAAAUUAGACAAGAAAAGGCAUGGUGGAGAGGACUCUUCUGUCAGAAUUGUGAACAGGACUUCGUUCCAGACCUCCGCAUGCACCAGAGAUUCCGUGAAGCCAGACAGGUUCAAUAAAACUACAAACAAGAAAUCAACUCAAACUCCAAAACCAGAGUCUCUUCCUAUACACACAUUUGAAGCUACCAUUUUGGAUGUCUGCAAGUCACGGAGUUUGGGAAGCAGUGAGAUAUUGAAUGUACAGCAUAAAAGUGGACCAGUAUGUUCAUCGGAAAAUGCCAUGUUGUGCCUUAGUCAACCACAGAUGUCUCUUUUGUUGAACACAGAGGAAACUACUUCUGUGGAAAGCAAAGCUACAUCAAAAACUUUAGAAGAAACAGUAACCAGCUUAAUUCCCUCUUCGUUUGAUGGUAGAGCAUUUCCUGAAACACCUGCAGAUGGCUCUGCUCAGCCACAUGUGUCUUGGGCCAUGGUACUUUCACAGCCCCCAAAGAAAAAUGUGUCAUCACCAGCAUCUGAAGAUCUUCCCAGAGGCAAAGGGAAGCAGGAUAGUGAAGCAAAGCAGUCAGAAACAAAAAAUGAUGCUAGUGAAACUGAGCCUGAAGAAGGGUCAGAAAAGAAGAAAAAAAAGAAGAAAAAGAAAAAAAAAACAAAGUCACCCACUGAUGUAGAGAAACCUCAAAAUGAAUCUACUACAAUACAGGAACCACCAAGGAUUGAGGAUGCUGAGGAAUUUCCUGAUCUGGCAGCUGCUUCUGAUAGAAGAAACAGACUAGGAUCUCAGAAAUCAUCAUUUACUCCUGCUGUCAGAAAGCAGACUGAAAUUCAUCUCCCUGAAGAGCCUUGGGAUAGUUGGUCUCCCACAGUGGAUGGAAAUCCCAAGGUGGAUGGACUCUCAGGGAAACAAGCUUCGUCUUCAGUAUCAGAAAGAAAGAAAAUGCAGGAAACAUCCAGGAGCACUGGCAAGAAGAGUCAAAUUCCUGUGCAAUUGGAUUUGGGUGGCAUGCUGGCAGUCUUGGAGCAGAAGCAACAAACAGAGAAGUCAAAACAGUCUUCUAAACCUGUGGUGUUUUCAGUUGGUGGUGCCAUGCCAUUGCUUUCUAAACAACCUGCUACAGCCACAAAAAGUCACCGGUUAAACCAAGGAAAGAUGCCUCAUAACCCUUUGGAUUCCAGUGCUCCUUUGGUAAAGAAAGGGAAACAGAGAGAAGUCCCUAAAGCAAAGAGACCAACACGUCUUAAAAAGAUUAUUCUGAAAGAAAGAGAACAACGAAAACAGCAACACCUGUUAGAACAGACAGUGGUACCAAAAGAUGAAGAUAAUAUUUGUUGGUCUGCAGAAAAUAUUACUGAAGAUGAAAUGUUUCUACAGCGUAGUCAAGCAGCUGUUCCUGUAACACAAGUUGCUGAAGGGUUUCUGGAGAACACAGGGAUCAAGGAAUCUACAGAAGGUUCUAUGACUUCAAAGCAGCUAACCUCCAAUCUUCCAAAAAUCCAUAGCAGGAAGUUUAGAGAUUAUUGCAGCCAGGUACUUAGUAAAGAAGUUGACAGUUGUGUGACAGAUCUCUUAAAAGAACUGGUUCGUUUCCAAGAUCGCUUGUAUCAGAAAGACCCAGUAAAGGCCAAGAUAAAACGCAGACUUGUUAUGGGUCUUAGAGAAGUUUUGAAACAUCUGAAGCUGAAAAAACUGAAGUGUGUCAUCAUCUCUCCUAACUGUGAAAAGAUUAUGUCAAAGGGUGGGUUGGAUGAGACUCUACACAACAUUAUUGACUGCGCCUGUGAACAGAAUAUCCCAUUUGUUUUUGCCCUUAAUCGCAAGGCCCUAGGCCGCUGUGUGAACAAAGCAGUGCCUGUGAGUGUGGUGGGAAUUUUUAGCUAUGAUGGUGCUCAGGACCAUUUUCAUAGAAUGGUACAACUGACAACAGAGGCCAGGAAGGCCUACAAAGAUAUGAUAGCAGCUUUAGAGGAAGAAGCUGAUGGAGGACUAAGAGAAACUCAACCCAGCAUCUUAACCACUGAAUAUGAAAAAAACGGUCUAUUAGAAACUGGUAAAACAUCUUCCAAGGACUCUGAUGAGGAUGUACCAAAUUAUAUUAAAAUCUGGAAGAGAAAACUUGAAGAAGAGUAUAACCCAUAUGCACUGGAACUGGAAAAGAGUGCAACUGCUGACAUGGUGAUAGUGAAAUCAGAAGAACAUCGAUAAAUCCAGAUCCAAUUCUAUUGGGCUUUUAAUAUUAAUUUUUUUUGACCCCUAGGUAGAGGGUAGCAUUAUUAAAAAAUUUAAGAAACAUUUGAAGUCAGCUAAGUAAACUUUUCUGAAUCCCUUUAAGCAAAACACACACUGGAGACACUGGCUAAUGCUUUUGCAUUCUAUGUAUUUGGCUGAUUACUGUAGCAGAUGACAACAAAUUGCCUUAGCCCCAAACCACUUGAGCUGGCUUGGCAUACUUUAAUGGUUUUAUGGACUAGCAUUGAUUUGUUAGUGAUACAAUAUACCAAAAGAACUUGCUAGAAAGAUAAAUUUAUUUUGGGAGAGAUUCCAUGAGCCAGAAGGUUGGGGCUUGCAGGGAGUUGCUUUUUAUUUGUAACUCUUGUUUAAAGAACUUCAACUGUUGUUUGAUUGUGGGUUUGAUUUUGUUUGGUUUUUUUUCUAAAUAAACCUGCUCAGGUGGGCAGGCUGGCA